UCUCGCUGCAGACGACACACUUGUUUCUGUGACGUCACAAAGAAAAUGUCGGCUAUCCUCUUGUGUACGAUUACCAAGGCACAGACGCCGUAUCUCGGACAACGCCUUCCUGUGAUGUAAUACAAAUGAUUUCUUCUAAGCCAAAACAUUUGGCUUCAUGCCAGCUGGGAUUGUCCUGUCACACAACCAUGAUAGUCUGCACCACAACCUACAUUGCUUAGGUUUUGCUUUCAUCUGUUACUUUCCUGUCAGAUAAUUGAAUAAUCAGCCAUAGAAUGUAUUCUGUAAAUGCAUAAAAGAAAAAAAAUCUGACAGAAAAGUUCAAGGAUGGCACUAGCUGCAAUAAGUGAUGACUUUGACCUUGAUGACUGUGGAAUUCUCAGAGAUUCAGUGACUUCUGCAGAACUACUAAUUGAUGAUGAUGGCAUUCUUCAAGAUGACAUCAAUGUUUUCAAGCAUGUGGCUGGGACAGGGGGUCAGGGGACAGACUCUGGCUUUGGAGGAGAUAAACAGUCAAGCACAUCAACAAUUCAGCAUCUUCAGGCCAGCUUUGAUGAGGAUCUUGCUCCCAUUGGCGAUGAGAGCAUCAACAUCAGUGACUUUGAGGCAUCCAGAGAUGACCUCGAUAGUAUUGGCGGUGACCUUGAUGGUCAUCGAGAAGGAAAAUCCCGAUUCUAUCAUAAGUCAAAAAACUUGAGUCUGGAGGUUGAUACACCAGGAAGCACUUUAGAGCAUCCUCCGGAUUUCAAACGGGAAGUAUUAUCCCAACAGAAGCUGUGGGGGAAAAACGAGAACAGGAGCGAAGAUAAGAACCUCUUCACAGAUGACUACUAUCAGCAGCUGAGAGAGCUUGGUGUAUUGGUGGAAGGUGCUGACUUCUCCAAAGAUGAGUCCUUCAAUGACGAGUCAGAGAUGCUUGAGGGUCAAAUGUCACAAGAACCUGGUGACUAUGAUGAUCACAGGGAUCUGAUUGGUGAAUACCUGCAGGAACAAUAUGACAGGGAACUUGCAGAACAAGAAGAAACAGAGUCACAUAGCAGAGUGAGGAGCUAUGAGAUGAGUGAGGCGCAGGUCGGCCGACAUUCACGAGCUAGCUCUGCACCUACGAUCAGUGGACGUUCUUUUCCAGAAAUCUCACCUGAAGAUGCUGGCAUAAUUCUGUCUGAGUCACAACAAACAGAAAAUGAGGAUGAGAUUUUCUUGAUCAACAACCAGUUAUUACCAGCAUCAAAGCUGAAGGCUCAAAAAUUGCCUGUCACACCAUCAACACAAGGCAGUCGUCCUGGAAGUCGGACUGGCAGUCGUCCUGGAAGUCGGACUGGCAGUCGUCCUAGCAGUCGUCUCAGUACUGUGGGAAGUCGAUCAAAUACACCUCAAAGUAUUGAUAGUCGAGGAGGAGGUGAUAGUCUAAGGCAGACUUUUCAAAAUCACUUACAGCAACCAAGUUCUAGGCAAAUUCAUUCUCCAGAUACUUGUCACCAUGAGAUGCCAUUCAGUCAUGAAGAACAGGUAGUGUCUCGGUCCGAAACAAAUACCCCGCACAGGAGACGCACAGAUUCUAUGACAUCAGAAAAUAUGUCUGCAGCAAGUCCUUCCAAAUCUACAAUUUCUAAAGCUCGAUCACAGGAAAGCUUCUUUGAACUGGAUAGACAGCAAGCAGUAUCUGCAGAGAAAGGUCACAAACGACUGCUGCCUACUCCUAGUAUUUCUGAUGUAAAUGAGUCAUUUAAGAUCAGAAGCAAAAGCAAAAGCGUCAGCAACAUCUCUCAGCGUUCUGGCCCAGUUAAGCCCACCCAUAUGUCCAUUUCUGAAAUUGACCGCAUGGCAACAGAAGAAGGAGGCAUCAGCAUUGGUGAACAAUCCGACGAGAUGUUAAAGAAGCUGGAAGGUGAGUUGAGCACUCAGCUGAAGCAGGAGUCAGUGCGCCGUAAACAGGCCACAGAACUUGUACAGCAGCUGCAGAAAGAAUAUGACAUGCUUCUGUCAAAAUAUGCCCUGGCAGAACUCACCAUUGACCAGAUGCGACUAGGUGCCCGCAUCACACUGCAUGCCAAUUCACCUACCCCAAUCUCCACACAUGCAGGAAUGGUCUCGUCUGGCACAGGUGCCCAUAAAGGCCAGAUUAUGCAACUGGCUCCACCACCAGUCCAAAAGGCUGUUGUUGAUCACUUCAGCCCUACCCCAGCCAACACAGUCCUACUGCCAAAAUCAGCAGGUGCAAAGAAUAGUGAUCAACAUACCAACUCAGGUUCUCAGACAGAGAAAGCAAUGACCUUUGGCAGUGCUGCCAUUGGUGUUGGUGAAGAUAGCAGUAGGCCAGGUGAGCCUGUUUUUAGGACUGAAAACCGAGUAGGCAAUAGAACAUCAGUGCCACCAGAGACAGUGAAGUUGAAUCUUCAAACACAGGCAUCAUCACUUGAUGAUCGGCUCUCUCACUUCUACACACUUCUUGAGGAGCAGCAUCUGACUCUUGAAGAACAGGAACAGGUCUUCGACAACAUUCGCACAGACCAUGACAAACUGCGACGAGCAUAUCUGCAGGCUAAAGAGGACUAUAAUGUUCUGAGACGUUCAGGUGCAUCACUUCCAAACACAGAAUUUGAUGCCAACAAGGAAUUAGAAGGUCAGUUAUUCCGCUUGGGAAUGAGGUUUGAUGAAAUUCAUGAAAGGGUAGAUUCAAACCUGAAGGAAAAGUCCAUGAGGCGGCAUCCUUUUCAAGCCAACCGUCAUGCCAAUGAUGAUGAUAGUGAUCAAGGCAAUAAUACUGAUAACCAGGACAUAAACAGAGGCAGUGAACAGGCUAAAGAUGGCAUGCAGCUAGCAGUUUCUGAAUCUGAAACUGGAGAUGAACAACAAUUCGAAAAACGAGCCCAGUUUCUUCAUGAUGAAUAUAAAGCACUAAUGGACAGAUAUCGACGUUUAAAACAGAUGUCAGAGACACCUGAACGUGAGAAGGAGACAGACAGUCUAGUCAGAAAAUUAAAAGACAUCUGUAAUGAAAUGCCUGACAUGUUCAGAUUACCACCAGAACUACAAAAAAGGUUUAAGGAAUGGAAAAAGAAUGAACGACUGAGACUGUACUACCAAAUGAACAGUGUAUGGGAGCGACUCCAAAUUCGAGAUCAAAGACGAUCUCCUGUAUUGUCAUCAAUGACACAGCAGCAAAAGAAAACAGGAGACGUAGUUGGAGGAACUGUACCUUCCAGGGAGAUUGGAGGAUCUCGUGACAUGUCACCACUUCCUAGGGGCCUGGGGACACCUGUCAUGGGCGAUCACACAAUUAAUGCAUAUGGUUUAAAUCAGCAUGGUGGGAGAGACAUGACUGGGGAUGACAAUUUUAGAAGAUCACUUAGCAGUCUUGCUGGCAGCCAUUCCAGCAUGGCAUCUCCCAGGGAUAAUGACUCUGCAGGUAUGCUUGCAGCUGGUCGUUCCAGUGCUCCUUUUUCUCCCCACCAUCGUGAGCUUAUGUCUCCUAGUAGUGCAGAUGGAGCAGCAGCUCUCAGAGACAAGGAAUCUUAUGACCCUCGAAUGCCUCGCCCUCAUCAGCAUAAACACGGCUUUCAUGAUCCCAAACUUACCAAGCUCCCAGACAGAGGAAGCUACUCCAGUCUUCCAGACAGUGGAAUUUCAGACCAGGAGCAGCAAACCAAAGAUCGUCAUCACAAUGAUGCCCUUGCAAACCUGCCAGGACCAGGGAAGUUUAAACAGAUGACACGGCAGAGAGGGGCAGAUGAUGUUGACAGUGGCUUUGUGGGCUCUGUUGUUGGAUCCGAGGUGCUACAAAAUCAGUCACAUGAUCAGGCUGAGAGACCACUAAGGCUGCAGGAUAGACGUAUUGAUCAGAAUCCAAACAGGUCCUUUUUAAACAGCUCAGGUUCGACCUCCACAAUUGCUACUUCAGCAGGGUCUAGCAGAAGAAGCAGCCUAAAGCAAAAUCUCCCAUCAAAACAUUCAUCAACAGCAACAGGAAUGGUCAAUCGGUCUGUGAGUCACAGCACUGACCAAAGCUAUGACGGGGAGCUGGAUGAAUCAACAGUAAGUGAAGUGCGCGCCAAAGUCCUGCAGCCUAGGGAUGUACCAACCAAGGAAAGAUACUCAGUGAAUCCAUUGAAACUGCAGUUGUCAGAGUCUGUACCAGGUCAUAAGUCAAAGGGGAAGGAUGAGUCGGUUGAAAAGUCACAGUCUGUCCAGGAGAGCACAUUUGAAGACACAAAGAACGAGGAAACAGACGAAGAUUUUUCCACUUCUGGGCCUGAAGAAUCGGCAGCAAGAGUUUAUAAAUCAGUGGAAAUAACAAGAGAACAGCAUAUUCAGGCCACUCAGCAUGAAACUGCUUCUCUUCGUCCAUCCACACCUCGUCGUCCACCUACACCGUACCAGCUGGAGCAAUCUCAGGAGAAUCACGUAGAAGAUGCAGAUAAAAAGAGAAAUGGGUUGCAGCAGCAGAAAAUGCACCCAGCUAAAACUUUGAAAUCUCAUGUAACUUCAGAUAAUGAACUUCACAGCAUGAGCAAACUGAGGCAGAUGCAUAGAUCACAAACUCCGCCAGUACAAAUGCAACAAGAUCAGCAAAGACCACAGAGCCGCGGUGAACCAACCACAGACCUGUACCAUACCCGUGGACAAAGAGGUCACAAUAGCGAUGAAACUAAGGUCAUUUCAGAACCAGUUAGGCGUUCAUCUUAUGAAGGCAGACGAGAAAACCAGAGACAAGACUCUAGAGUUGAGGAUGUUGGCAUAAGCACCGAUACAGAUGUUCGAUCUGAUGUCACUAGAGGCUCUUCUGUAAACAGUUCCAGGCUGCGAGCACUUCAAGAAGAGAUUGAGAGGCUGAAGGAAGGAGUGAAACAAGCCAAUGAGAAGGCUUCUAAUCCUCCACAGUUUCCUCCUCCACCCCCUCCCCCAGAGCGUCAGGACCCUGAAUACUACGAUCCCUUUGAUGACCCUUAUGGAUUUAUGAGGAUGCCUCGUCGCCGUGCAAACUCUUUCUCUGGGGGACGGGUGCGAGAUUAUGAUGAGUGGUAUUGGACAUUGCCAAAUGAGAGAAGGAACGAAGAUGGGGACAUUCCACUGGGUUAUGCUGCAGCCGAUUCUUUUAACAGACGAGCUCAUGGACAGAGAGACACACAUGAGGCUUCCCAUCGUCUUAAGCACCGUGUGCCAAGAAGACGUGCCAGCUACAUGCAGCCAAAAACAGUAGAUGCUGGUGGUGGUGUUGAUGGUGAGGCAGCACCUGGAAUGACAUCUGAGCCAACUGCACAGGGUGCACAAGGUGCACAAAGUGCAGCACCAUCUCAGACUGCCAGAUCCAUGCCCUUAAGAGGACAUCCUCCUCCACCUCACAUUACAGACCCUCAGGCUUUGUUCAACUAUUAUGUUCCAACCCGAAACAACAUUCAACCAGCUUAUAUGCCAUCUGCUACAAAAACAAAUCAUACAGUUCCUCCUUCUUCCUCCCAAACAAAUAUGGCUGACGUUCAUGCAUCAGCAGUCACUUACCAACCCCAGAGGAGAGCAUCUGACUCACAGCAAAGGUUGAGAAAAGAGCCUUGGUACACCAUCCGACGUGAUCCAAGGCAUUUGUCUGGUGGGGAGUAUGUGCCUGUCUAUUCACACCAGCCUGCAAGACCCGAGUAUCAGCAGGCUGCAACCUCCCAGUCCUACAUGGCUCCCAACACUUACUAUGCUGCUUACCCUGUGGUAGGGGGAGUAGCUACAGCCCAUGGUAAUGUUGGGCAUAGUUACUGGACAGAGGUGUGCCCUCUUUGUGGUGGCCCAGGAGGUCAUAUUCAUGAGGAAGAUGUGGAGCCUGUCUAUGGAUAUGCCGCAGAUGAUUUUGCAACAGAGGGGAUGCGCUAUAAGAGGCGAUGGCGACAAUACCGAGGACGUACAAGGCAGAGGUCCAAAUCUAGAUCACAGCGCUACACACCAGAAAGAAGUUCCUCACAGAAUCAGUAUCUGGUGCGAGAGUAUAGAGAAGCUGCAAGCGAUGAUUCUGACUUGGAGGAAGCAACCUUUCACAGAAGGAAUCGCAGCAAGUCGCGUUCAAGAAGCCAUUCAGAAACACGUUCUUCUUCAAGACAUAGGCACAGCAGACGAUACCGACGGAGGAGGGAUCAAAGUCCAGACUUGCUUGACUCAGAUGAGAAUGUGGACUUGAAUGAAUCACUUGUACUUUCUGAAGACAUCAGUCGUUUGACAAAAAGGAUGUUGGGCACCGUUCAUGGUGAACUGGUAAAAUCAAGAAGCAAGCCUGACUUUGGUUCUUCGUACUGGUGAUACUUACACCAUCAAGCAUCUGGAGAUAAAAUUUGGUGAAUCUGAAUUUUUAUCGCCUGCCAUGUUAACAUUGCUUUUCAAGAACCCUACUUUAGGUGAGGAAAACUGUAUCUAAAAUACAGGCUAGCUUUUGAGCUGCAGUUGUCUAAACCUAAGAAAAGCUGGAAGGCUUAAUAAGUCUCAACACCAAAGAUUUUUUGUCAAUGCAGCAAAGCUGACAUCACCUGUUACAAAGGAGGAUUUUCCUUAAGUAGCAUUUUUUUUAAAAAGGCAUUUCAGUAACUUGAAGUCAAAUAUCUUACUUUUAGUGAGAGAUUGGGAAUUUGUAAUUUUAUUUCAUUUUACACUGUCUCUCAUCCUAAAGCUGCUUGUUUAUCUGCAAUAAUUAGUACAAAUACCCAAUAUUGUUCCAAAGUAUACAGUUGAAUGCAAUGUGCUUGUAAAGUGUACACUAGAGACUGAUAUUUACCCAAUACUUGUUUUUUAAGCAAUAUACAAAUAGUUCAGCUGAUUUUAUACCCAGGGACUUCACUUUAUUAUUUUUUCAUUCACUACUACUCAUUUUUUUUACUGAGUUUUUAAUGUGAGAAUAAUAAUUAUUGUAUACACAUAAAAUAAUUAGUUUGAAUGAGCCAGAAACAAAUAUUAUGAAUGUAACUGUUGGCAAGAAAACAAGUGUUGAUUUGAGAUGAAUCAUGUAAAGAAUUGUGAUAUCAGUGAAAUUUUAGACUAAUUAAUUUGUAAAGUACUUAUUGCAUAUUUUAUCGAUUCUGGGUCUUGAAUUUUCCGGAUACUAAUUUUUGUCAAGUUGUAAAUUUCUGGAAAUUUUAAUUGAAAUUAACUGCAUCCCUAGUAUACUUGUUACUUCCAAAAAGUGGUUAUUUUAUACGUUUUUUUGUCACUAAGAGAUCAUGAAGACUGUCUUCUCGAAAGCUAGUUCAUUCAUAUUUUGUGUUGAAAGAGAAAUGACCCAUACAUAUUUUUAGUGAACAUUAUGACAGAAUGUAAUUUGAUAUUUGAAAAGUUUAAGAAAAUGUUUCAUUAUAAAAUAGUUUAUAAAAAUAAUGGCAUACAUAAUAUUUAAAUAGCUUUAAUAUUUUGUAUUCUUAUUUUAUAAGCCUGUUUUACUUUAUUUUUCUUCUCUGUAAUGAAUUUUAUUGACCAUCUUGCUGUGAUAAAAUAAGUUUUUCAACAGACAGGAGGCUGUUUUGGUCUACAGUUGACCUCUUAAGUGCUAUCUUUAUAUCUGCACAUGGAUGUACGCACUUAAUUGCAUCGAAACCUUGGAGUGCCUUUUGGUGGAGAAAUGUGGAAAUGGUCAUGAUGAAUUACAGACAGUCUUAUAUCCACCAACAACUUGUAAUCUCGUAUUUCAUUUCGCAUAUCACUUUUAUCAACAUCUAAAAACACUCAUCAAAGAUAAUGCUGCUUAAGACUUUAUCACUAUCUACAAUAUGUUGCGAUUGUAAUAUUAUAAUAUAAAAGGACAUUUUUCUCAUGUUUUACUUUAUCAUAUCUGGUAUUGUAAUGUUUUAUAAGUCAAUUCUUUUGGAAAUAUUCUUGUAUUACUGCAGGCUUUUGCAUGCAUAUCAAAGUUUUGUAUUGCAUUCCGUCCACUGAAAUAAACAUGAUAUGCUGAAAGUA